ACUGCGUUAAGGUUCGGGUUUUAGAAGAGGCUUCAGCCCCCAGGCCACAAAGGUAAAGGACACCAAUAAACACAUACGGGAAAGAUCCUCCUUGCCCUCGAUAAUUUGCAACAGCACGAUGAGUAUCUCCGAAGCAUAUGGUAUCCGAGCUUCAAGCCUCACUGAGGUUAAUGGCAUGCAUGUCGCGCAUAACUUAGACAAGAAUCUAAUUCUGGCUCCUACCGGCGCCGGGGGCUUGACUUUUGGCCUACAAUGCAAAACAAACGAAACAACACUCGUCCUCAAGGAUGAUUUCAUGUCAGACAUUCUGUCUGUCAUCGGCCCAAGCGGCCGAGGGCCGUACGAGCUGCGGACUUCCCCUGAAACUAGACCAUUUGGCAUUGGUUCAAUGAUCUAUCAUGACUUUUCGAUGAAACCUCUUGGUGAUGGCACAGGGGGCCAGACUUUGAGAAUCGCCGAUGAGGACGUAAAUGAUGGACACUGGAUCGCAUGGAAAGACCCAGAAGGCAAUGGCGAAUGGGCGGUAUAUUGGGUGACACCUCUACCCUACAACAUGGAGGAUUUGCCUGGAGGCGUCCCUAUUGAGCUAAUUCUUGACAACAAGGCCUAAUGUUAAAGUUCAUACUAGUUACUUAACUAGAUAAACCUCUUUCAAGCCCUCAAUUUCUGAUUGUAUUCAUCAUAAACCCCUUUAUACGAUUCAGUCCUUAUUUGCAAACUGUCGCUGAGCAUUGGUGAUCCAUGUUUGUUGAUUUGUCUUUGUUCCCUUUCUUUUGGGACCGAAGCCUCUCUUAAACUCUUAGUUCUAUCGUAGUCUUAGUCCUAUAGCGCUAUGGAGAAAAGAAUCAGCAUAAUGGUACUCUGCAGCAACUCCUUAGCUAGGAUGAAUACUCUUUCGAUAGCCUUUCUCUAUCACUCAGCCCCAACGUUGGCUUCGGUCUG